UCUCACGCGGCGUCACGCAACAGGAUAUUCCUUCGUCUCGAAGAUAACUCUGAUAACUGAUUUCUUAGUCUCGCAGAUAUCUGCGAAUUCUCCAUGCAAGAACCCGAGCUGCACGAUUUGUCCGACGACGCGGACUACGCUGCGUCACUUCAACAAGGGUCAGCAAGCAUGAUGCUAAGAAGCGACAGUGCUAAAUCGAGCUCGUCUAGGGAGCCGGAUGGUGCUGAGAUGGUCUAUACGAGGGACAACGUCGCAAUUCAUCCGUCUCAUUUUGCGUCCGAGAGGAUAAGCGGAAGACUGAAGUUGAUUAAGCAAAGCUCUUCUUUGUUUAUGACGUGGAUACCAUAUAUAGGUCACAGCUCAACUGCAAAGCUGUCGGAGAAAGACAAAAAUCUUUACACCAUAAGGGCGGUUCCAGUUUCUGACGUAAGAUCCAUCCGGAGGCAUGCCCCGCCACUUGGGUGGCAAUAUAUCAUUAUUGUUCUGUCUUCAGGACUUGCAUAUCCUCCUCUGUAUUUCUAUAGUGGAGGAGUUAAAGAGUUCCUUGCUACAAUUAAGCAACAUGUUGUUCUUAUGAGAUCUGCAGAUGAUGUAAAUCUAUUUCUUGUCAAUGAUUUUCAAGGUCCUUUGCAGAAAACUUUAUCUUCUUUGGAGCUGCCCAGAGCCAUUCCUCUUGCAUGUGGUCCUUCAAGUACAUCAGUUGAUGAGUCCACUUUAGAUGAGAACCAAGGGAGUGGCGUCAGUGAUGGAAGUGCAGGUGCUGGUGCUUUUCAUUCUCACAGGAGACCAAGAAAUAAAGUUCAUGAUCCUCGGGAUCUUUCUAUUCAAGUUUUGGAGAAGUUCUCCCGUGUGACCAAAUUUGCCCGUGAAACAACAUCACAAUUAUUCAGUGAACAUCAUCACAGUAAUGGAUAUGAUCUCAAUUACAGAAGAACCAAUAUCCACACUCCAGCAGUCCCUGGUUAUCCCCAGAAAUCUUCCAGUGUUACAGGAAAAGUUCCUCAUGAAAGUCCUGCUGCCUUGCAUUCAGAGUUUGAUGAAUUAUCACUUAUUUGGGGAAAACCACGCCAACCCCCUCUAGGCUAUGAAGAGUGGAUUACUUUUAUUGAUUCUGAAGGCCGAGUUACAGAUUUAAAGGCUUUGAGAAAGAGGAUAUUUUAUGGUGGACUUGAUCACCAAUUACGGAAGGAGGUUUGGGGUUUGCUGUUGGGAUACCAUCCACAUGAUUCAACAUAUGCUGAGAGGGAAUAUCUGAAGUCUGUCAAGAAGUUGGAGUACGAGACAGUAAAAAACCAGUGGAAGAGCAUCUCGUCAGCACAAGCUAAAAGAUUCACAAAAUUCAGGGAAAGGAAGGGCCUUAUUGAGAAAGAUGUGGUUAGGACUGACAGAUCAAUUGGUUUCUAUGAUGGGGAUGAUAAUCCAAAUGUGAAUGUUCUACAUGACAUACUAAUGACAUAUUCAUUCUACAACUUUGAUCUCGGUUAUUGUCAGGGUAUGAGUGAUCUUCUGUCCCCUAUAUUAUAUGUGAUGGAUGAUGAAUCAGAGGCAUUUUGGUGUUUUGUUGCUUUAAUGGAACGUCUUGGACCUAAUUUUAAUCGUGACCAAAAUGGCAUGCAUUCUCAACUUUUUGCCUUAUCUAAGCUGGUGGAGUUGCUGGAUGGUUCAUUGCAUAACUAUUUCAAGCAGCACGACUGUUUAAAUUACUUCUUUUGUUUCCGCUGGAUUUUGAUUCAAUUUAAAAGGGAGUUUGAGUACGAAAAGACAAUGCGAUUAUGGGAAGUAUUGUGGACAUAUUAUCUUUCUGAGCACUUGCAUCUGUAUUUAUGUGUGGCAAUCUUGAAACGAUACCGUAAUAAGAUAAUAGGAGAAAAAAUGGACUUCGAUACAAUCUUGAAGUUCAUAAAUGAGCUAAGUGGUCACAUUGACCUUGAUGCUACUCUCAGAGAUGCAGAGGCUCUCUGUAUAUGUGCCGGUGAGAAUGGCGCGGCCUGUAUACCACCGGGAACCCCUCCCUCGCUGCCAAUUGAUGAUGGCUUGUUAUACUCUCAGCAAGAUGAUGAUGAAGUAUUGUAGGAAAAUAACUGUAUACAGUUUCUCAGUGAUACAUCAAAUAAAAAUUUGCUUCUAUGUAACUAUUAUUAGGGGCCUGUAAAUUUAAUGCAUUUGACAAUAAUUCCGGAUAUUGUAUGGAUUUGAAUAUCCUUUAAAAAGCCCAUUUUAGAAGUAGAUCUUAAA